CCGUCCACAGAGGAGCAGAAUCAUUCCCACUCUGUCCAGUGUCGCCUAAGGGGAAGCCUGGGUGGGCCGCUCCCCACAACUGCCCCCUGCCUUGCCCGUCCAGGGCUUCCUCAGGCUCUGCCGCAGACCACUGACCCCUCAACAGCCGGACAUUGGGACGCCCCGAUUCACCUCAUGUAGGACCCCGUUGCCCUCAGCCUCCCGUGGCUGGCAGCGGGGUAGGCCCCACCAUCUUCACCUCCAGUGUCACCGCAGCCCUGUCUCCUACCUGGUAAGGUACAUUUUGGUGCGAUGUCUGCCUCAGGAGAUCUAGGCCAGGCCCCAGGUGGCCAAGAUAGACCCCUGGAUGAGGCGGGGCCAUGGGCCCCGGUGGCUGGAGGUGGCAACGAUGUGGCCGGCGGAGAUGUGGUGGCCCGUGGAGACGAGAGGGCUGGAGAUGGACUGGCCGGAGGUGAUGUAGUGGGUGGUGGAGACGAGAUGGCUGGAGGCGACGGGGUAGCCGGCCAUGGAUUGGCAGUCCGAGACAUAGUAGUGGCUGGAGCAGACAUGAUGGCUGGAGGUGGCGACGGACUGGCCGAUGGUGGAGACUGGGUGUUGGGAGGUGGAGAAGGAGUGGCCGGCGGCGACGAGCUGGCUGGCGGUGGAGAACGAGAGGCUGGGGACCCCGGGCCCCACCCUGCCGAGGCUGCUGGUGCGGCAGCGCCCGCGGAAGACCUCCGGCAGGAGGCGGACUCGGACUCGGACUCCGACUUCGGGCCGGCGGACGAGGACGAGGUGGAACGGCGGGAGGCCGCCGUGGACAUAGUCGUGGACGCCUACGAUUUCCCGAUGGUGGGCUUCCGCUUUGUGUUCGUGGCCCUGAUGCGUUCACUGCUUCACGGCCUCUACUCCAACAACUAUGUCCUGGUGCGAGGCCCGCUUCUUGAGCCCAGCGUCCCCCCUGUGCCCGCGGCUUGCGAGUUCCAGGGCUCGUCCGAGCAGGAGGGGGCUGCCCAGGAGACCGGGGAGGAGCCCGACGAGGAGCUGGCUGCCACCGAGGGUGAGUGGGGGACCCGGGCGCCCAACGGGCCGGGGCCGCGGGCAGCUGCGGGUGGCCCGGGCGCCCCCAGACUGAAGGCCGAGGGCCCGUGGCUUUGA